CCCUGUGCCCACUUCUCCUGACCAACUUGGCCGCCACCUUAGAAGGCUGGAGCAGGGACGCCGUCGUUCCGGCUGCCUGCUCCCUUUGGGUCCCCACUUGAGCCCACGCCGACCCCUGCUCCUGCCCGCAGCCCUGCCCUUGGACACCGGAUAAAGCCCAGCGAACAGAUCCCCGGGUGGACAGCAUGGACCGCAGCACACUCUACCCGGUUGUGGCCCUGCUGGUGGCCCUCUGCAGCCUCAGCCCCACAAGUCCUGCUGAAACAGCCCAUUGUAAGCUACAGCCUGUGGACAUCAAGGUGACAUACAGCACAAGCCAGGUUUCUAAGGGCUGCGUGGCUCAGGUCCCCAGCGCUACCACCGAAGUUCACAUCCUCUUCAUGGAGUUCCCAAGGGAUGUGUCCCAGCUGGAGCUGACUGUCCAGAUGUCCAAGCAAAAUGACACCAGGCCUCGACAGGUGCUCCUGGUCCUCGGCCUAGACAAGAUAGUCCACCUGCAACUGCAGGCCCCAGGAGUCCCACUCCAGCUGGCCUACAACCCCAACUAUGUCGCCCAAAAGCCCCAAGGAGUCGACACCAUAGAUCUGUCAGCCUUCACCAAGAGCCAGUUCCUCAACUGGGCAGAUAAAAAGGGUGCCAUCGCCUCCGUCGCUGAGCUGAACGACCCCCAGCACAUUCUCCUUCGUCUGGACCAAGCCCUGGGGUCACCGUCCUCCUGCAAUCCUGAACCCCAUAUGGACAUGGGCCAAACACUCGAAUGGUGGCCGCACACGGAGAACUCAGUCUCCGGCUGCCACUUGGAAGGUGUGGCUGGUCACAAGGAGGCUCACAUCCUGAGGGUCCUGCCAGGCUCUGAGGCCAGAUCCAGGACAGUGACUGUGAAGGUGAAUCUGAGCUGCAGGUCGAGGGAUCCCAAUGCUGUGCUCAUCCUGCAGGGUCCACCCUACGUGUCCUGGGUCAUCGAUACCAACCACACCAUGCAGGUCUCGGCCACUGGUAAAUACACCUUCAAGAUCUUUGCAAUGAACUUUGUGGAUGGUGUCGUGCUCCCGGAUACACCCGAAGGCCUGCUGGGAUGGGCUCGGAGGCUCAACGCCAGUGUGGUGGCGUCCUUUGUGGAGCUCCCUCUGGCCAAUGUCAUCUCUCUUCAGGCCAGCAGCUGUGAAGGUGGGCUGCAGACCUCACCCACACCUGUCCAGACCACCCCUCCCAAGGAGAUGUGCGGUGAGAUGCUUCUCAUGACCCUGUUCCAGCAGAACUGCUCCGAUGACACCAUGACCCUGGAACUCAAGAAAGAUCUCAUCUCGUCUUUGAAGUGCACCAUCAAGAGCCUGACCUUCUUGGACCCCAGCUGCCAGGCUGAGGACAGAGGCGACCAAUUUGUCUUACACAGCACCUACUCCAACUGUGGCAUGAAAGUGACAGAAAAUGUGGUCAAUAAUGAGGUGGUCGUCAACUUCAUGUCAAGCUCUUCACCGCAGCGGAAAAAGGUGCAGUGCAUCGACAUGAAGAGCCUCUCCUUCCAGCUGGGCCUCUACCUCACCCCGCAGUUCCUCCAGGCCACCAAUGCCAUUGAGCUGGGGCAGCAGGGCUUUGUGCAGGUGAGCAUGUCCCCAGUGAUACGUGAGUUCAUUCUCAGACUUGACAGCUGCCACCUGGAUUUGAGGCCCGAGGGAGACGUCGUGGAACUCAUCCAGAGCCAGGCAGCCAAGGGCAGCUGUGUGAGCCUGCUGUCCCCGAGCCCUCAUGGUGAUAUGCGCUUUAGUUUCCUCCUCCGUGGCUACAUGGUGCCCACACCCAAGACUGGCACCCUUAGCUGCACUGUAGCCCUGCGCCUCGAGACCUCAGCCCUGGCUGUCCACAGGACUGUCUCUAUGCGCCUGAACAUCGUCAGCCCUGACAUGCCCGGCAAAACCCUCGUCCUGCCCGCUGUGCUGGGCAUCACCUUUGGCGCCUUCCUCAUCGGGGCCCUGCUCACCGCCGCGCUCUGGUAUAUCUACUCGCACACACGUCCCCCCAGCAAGCAGGAGCCCGUGGUGGCAGUGGCUGCCCCGGCCUCCUCUGAGAGCAGUAGCACCAACCACAGCAUCGGGAGCACCCAGAGCACCCCCUGCUCCACCAGCAGCAUGGCGUAGUGCCCAGCCUGGAGCCCUGGGGGCCACCCAGCCAGCCCUUGCCCAGCAGGAGAGACUGAGCAGCCACCAGCUGGGAACCACUGGUCAUGAACUCACCCUGAGACCCCAACCCUUCCACUCGGCCAAGGAUGGACCAUGCCCUCUGCCUCUUUCUCAGAGGCCUGCUGCAAGCGGGGGCACCAGAUUGGAACACCUUGGGGUCCCCCCACCCCACCCUGCAGAACCUUCAAACUCAGUGGGCCUGGGGUACGGCUUCCCAGGACCACAGAGAGACAGAACACUGCCCUGUAUGUCCACGUUGCUAUAGAAACCCAAGCCCCUGUUAUUCUAACCCGGAUCUAGCACCCGAUGACCUGGGAUGGGCAGGAGGUGAGAACUCAAAACAGACUCUGCCCAGUCUCCUCAGGCCAAAAGUGCCUCCUCCAAGACCAGCCUAGAACCACCAGGAUCCUAUCCCAGCAGUACAACUUUGGACUGGCAUAACUUUGGGGGGUGGGGGGACUGAAGCCAAAGGAUGCCCAGCCUGGGAACAGGGGGGCCUAGCUCUUUCCUGCAACUGUCACAUGGAAACCCCCUCCCUCCUAGCCCAUCAGGAAGGCAGCAGAUAGGAGUGGCCAGGCUGCCUGACCUGGGCCCACCCCUAUAUACUCAUCACCAAUAAAUCAGACCAUGAAAUCA